UGUUUGUUUUGGUAAACCAAAGUCUGCGACAUUUGAAUUGUCAUUCAAAGUUUUGAAUAUCAUACACAAUGAAAACAAUUGUAUUGAAAUAGACAAAAUUUCAAAAGUAGAAUCAAAAUUUCUGCGGUCGCCGCUGGCAAAUGCUAUUGCCUUGUGAGCUUUGUGAGCCUUCAGUGCGUCGACGUGGUCGUCGUGAUAUAACACAAGAGUUCCAUAGACAUAGAGUGCAGGAGAGUUGGACCGUGUCUGCUUCUUCUCCUCUACCUUCUUCUCCUUCUUCAUACAUAUACAUAUAUUGGUGUGGAACAGCAUUGACCAGUGGCAGCAGCAGCAGCAGCAACAUUUGAGACAGAAACAAGUUGAAUGAACUGAGUCGCAACUUUUAAAUGAAGAAUCAUGGGGAAUGGCAUGAACAAGGUCUUGCCGGGACUGUAUGUUGGCAAUUACCGCGAUUCCAAGGAUCAUCAGCAGUUGGAAAGGUUCAAAAUCUCUCACAUUAUAGCCAUACAUGACAGUCCGCGGCGUCUGUUGCCGGACAAACACUAUCUCUGUGUGAUGGCAUCGGAUACACCAGACCAGAAUUUAUCGCAAUAUUUCUCAGUUUGCAAUGAUUUCAUACAUGCGGCUCGUUUGCGUGAGGGGAAUGUGUUGAUACAUUGCCUGGCGGGGAUGUCCCGGUCGGUUACUGUGGCCGUGGCCUAUAUAAUGACAGCGACACAUCUCAACUGGAAGGAGGCAUUGAAGGUAGUGCGCGCUGGACGCGCUGUGGCCAAUCCCAAUGCUGGUUUCCAGAGUCAAUUGCAAGAAUUUGAGCAAUUCAAACUGCCGGAGGAGCGACGACGAUUACGCGAACGUUUCCCAUCAUCGGCCCUCGAGCAAUUGGAUAGGCUGAAGGUGGUCAUGGCGUUGGAUAAUUAUCAGGAAUUAUUGCAGAAUCGUGACAUCUGUGAGGGGAAUUGUUCGCGUGGUGAAAAAUGUCCUACAGGCGUCUGCAACAUGGACCCAAGCAAGGGUCUGUUUCGACGCCGUCCUUCCAGCGCAUCAACGCACUCGCGUCUACGCGCCCAAUCCUCCAAUGCCAAUGCUUCGUCCAGCUCACUGAGUGUCAGCAGUGUGGCGGCCCAAUCCUGCCCAACAUCGCCCAAGCACUCGCCUCUGCCGCUGCCCCGACGCUCGAUGGGCAACACCGAGCGUAUACCCGAGGAUGAAACGGCCUACGAUCAGCAGCCGUCUCCCCACAUGGCAACCACCUCCAGUGAGGCAGCCGAAUAUGCGGCUGCCUUUGAGGAUGCUCGCCGUGAACAGGAGCAGUUGAAGAGGCAGCAGCCGCAACGUUCAUCCAAGCCAAGUGGUUCGAUGUCGUCAAGUGCUGCCGUUGCUUCGUCUGCCACUCCAAGAAUCAGUAGUGCGGGCAGUGCCAGUCGCAGGGAAAACAGGAAGGAGGAGAAGGAGUCCAGUGGCAAUCAAUUGCAACGCAGUGCCAGCACUGUGAGCGGCUUUGGCAUACGACCGCGUAGUAGUCCAGCUGGUCUCCAUGCCUACACGGGAUCGGUUCCCUCUUCGGUGCAUGGUUCGCGUGUUGAUUUGCGAGAGGUUGAUAAAGGAUCGGCCAUUUAUUUGGGUUGUUCGGCACCGCGAGCCUCCACAUUAUCUAUAGCAUCAUCACGGGGAUCGUCUAGUGGCUCGGCCCCGCCCUCACCUUGUAAUACGCCUCCCGCCAGUCCCAGACACGGAGUAAAAAGAUCCACCAGUCUGGUGAAGAAGCCAAGAUGAAGUCAUGUGCUAUGGCCAAGCACGGGGAAGUGUUUUCUAUCAACUACUAAUACAUCGGUCGACCCUCGACACACUCGUAAAUGAGAGAGAGAGUGGACCGAUGGAAGGAUAUUCAAAGAAAAACUGUAAUCAAUUUGCACGCGCGCGCGACCUGCAUUAUCUUCUGUCUCUCUCUAUUUGUCUUUUGAAAGCAAAAACCCUUAGGGUUAAAUGAACCCAAUACAAAAAGGGGUCCUCCUUUUUAAUCAUACUACUAACUAAAAACUAUAUUGGCUUAUAAAUUAAUAUCUACUUAGAAGCUAAAUUGCUAAAAGUUGUUGAUCAAUUUUUUUAAACCCAAAAAACAAAAAAAAAACACAUGGAA